AUAUAUACUUUAUUAGAAAGGGAACUUGAAAUCUUUCGGGAAUAUCUUAAUACUAGCUUAGAGAAGAGAGGCGGCCUAUAUCUAUAUAUUAAUUAUUGGGAUCUGAAUAGAAUUACUAUUAAGAACCGAAUAUUAUUACUACUUAUUAGUAAGAUAAUAAAUAGGCUUUAUAAAGUAAAGAUAUAUAUAAAGCUAGACUUAAAAAAUACUUACUAUUAG